AUGCAUCUGCAGGUUGCAGGUGAUCGUGGUGCAGAUGGUAGUGGUGGUGGAGGAGUGGUGGUUUGGUCUAGUACAAUUGUUAGCAUUGGUGUAGCACUUUUCUUGUUUCAACAGUUGGCUGGGAUCAAUGCUGUUGUAUACUAUUCAACUUCUGUAUUCCGUAGUGCGGGGAUUGCCUCUGAUGUUGCAGCAAGUGCUCUUGUUGGAGCCGCAAAUGUCUUUGGCACAGCUGUUGCAUCAUCCUUGAUGGAUAGACAAGGAAGAAAGAGUCUUCUAAUCACAAGCUUUGGUGGAAUGGCUGCCUCUAUGAUGCUGCUUUCUCUGUCCUUUACUUGGAAGGUUCUGGCACCAUAUUCUGGCCCCUUUGCUGUUCUUGGGACUGUUCUCUAUGUCUUGUCGUUUUCACUUGGUGCUGGUCCUGUGCCUGCUCUUCUUCUACCAGAGAUAUUUGCUUCAAGAAUCAGAGCAAAAGCAGUUGCUUUGUCAUUAGGAAUGCAUUGGAACAAGGAUUUGAGUUUUGCUGGAUUUACAAAGCAAAUGAUUCUUGAAAUGUGCAUUUUGAGUGGCUGUGACUAUCUGCAGUCAUUACCAGGAAUGGGACUGAAAAGGGCUCAUGCACUUAUAAAACGAUCUACAACUUACGACCAGGUGAUAAAGCACCUAAGAUACAGCAUUUCUUCGGUUCCACCUCUUUAUGAAGAAUCAUUCAAGAAAGCACUACUGACCUUUCAGCAUCAACGUGUUUACGAUACAAUUACUGAAAAAAUUGUUCAUUUGUCUGACAUUUCUGGGAAUAUUGAGGAUGAUAGGGAUUUCUUAGGGCCAUAUCCUUUUUAA